AUGAUAAGAUUGUGAUUGAAAAGAAGAACACACCACCAUUUCUCUCUCUCUCUCUUUUCUUUUUCUUUUUUGCAGACAGUGCGCGCGCAAAAAGAAUCGCUGCGCAUCUCGGUGGCUGCAGAUCAUGCCCAAAUUCGUGGCUUUUCCAGCCGCGAGUUUGGUGGUGCCAUGUACUGGUGCAUUUACCUAGACCUGUUCUUUCUGUGAAUUUUUUCCCCCUCUCCAAAGGCCUCGAGUGUGGCCAGAUUUCACUAGCUGCGUUUGCGGAUUUCUUCGAUUUUUGUGGCCAAUGCAGCCGCGCAUUCGGUUCUUUGUCGUGGAAGCCCCCUUAUUUCUGUUCCUUGGACCAUCUUGAGGUUUCGAUUUCUGCAAGGCCAGCACUGCCAUUCCUUGAUGCGAAUUUGGACGGCGCGUUCAGAUUGGGAAUCAGCCUCCGAUAAGGCGCCAAUCUGGAAUUUGUGUCAAAACCUUUGGGCUAAACCAGUGGAUUCCGUCGACUAAUUGCUUUGAGGCGGCCGAGGAUUUAUCGUCCCUCACCACAAAUCUCGUUCUUUCAAUUGCAAAUGUGCAAUUCAGGGGUCGUCCGCAUUGUGAUGGCAGGGCUGGUGUAGAAGGGGCAAGGAAGAUGAGGCACUGUACGAGAGAAUGGCUCCUCGCGCCGUGCAUCAUCUCCGUGCUGAUCUUGGCACCAGCAGUCUGCCAAGGAUUGCUAUUUGGCGCAGCUGACAUGUCACCGCCUGCGCUGACGCCACCCUUCAUCAAGCAAGUAGACGACUGGGUAGAACACGCAUGGCUCAAGUGUGGUUUAGACAAGAAAAGUCUUCAAGAUGUGAGAAGCUACUACAACUACGCCCAUGUACUUGAAAUUCUCCGUAGGAUAUCUGCAAAAGACAAUAAGGACAGCUCCCCAGUCAUUGAGCAAGACACCAGUCCAUUGACACCAGUUAUCAAGCUCACUUUGCUGAACUGUUUAAGCAAGCAGAGUUUUGAGGUCGAAAAAAACUUGCCCGCUGGUUAUAUCAAAACACUUAUCGCCUCAAUAAGAAAAGAUCUGACUCUUGGACCUGCCCCAAAAAAUGAAGCAGUAGAAACCACCCCUGGGACAACUAUGCCAAAACCAGCAGAGAAACCAACUGCCAGCAUUUCAUCACAAACAACUCCUACUGAAAAGGCAGUACCCACAACUAAAUCGGCUGUGAAAAAGGACAAUGAUGGCAUGCCAACUGCUGUUGUCAUUGGUCUGUCCGUGGCUGGUAUCGCACUUUUAGCUGUUCUCUUCUUGCGCUGCCGUGAACAGGGUUCCGCAUAUGAUGAUAAGCCACUUCUGAAUCUGACUGGUUCUCUAAACUCUUCCCAAGCAAAUCCAAUAGAUGUCAAUAAGCUGGGGGCAUUGUCAUUGAUGCCAGAGGCUGGUCAAAGUGUCCAUGUGAAUCACAGCUCACAGGAAGACGCAGACACUGAUCAAAAUGGCCAUGUGAAUCAAAGCUCACAGGAAGGCGCAAAUGCUGAUCAAAAUGGCCAUGUGAAUCAAAGCUCACAGGAAGGUGCAAAUGCUUAUCAAAGUGACCAUGUGAAAUUAAGCCCACAGGAAGGCGCAAACACUGUUCAAAACGGAUAUGUGAAACUAAACCCACAGGAAAGCACAAACACUGGUCCAAACAACCAUAUGAAACUAAGCUCACAGGAAGGUGCAAACACUGGUCAAAAUAGCCAUGUGAAACUAAUCUCACAGGAAAGCGCAAACACUGAUCCAGCAGUUUACAACAGUUCAGCUGAGCCGAUGGCUGCUUUUGUCAUUUCUGUGCAAGGAUCAACACCAAUGCCUCCAUCAGUGAUGUUACCUCCAGCACCUCCACCUCCAAAGGCUCCUCCAUCAAAUCUUCAAGCACCUGCACCACCUCCAAAAGCUUCUCCAGUUCCUCCAUCGGGACCCUCACCACCUCCAGCUCCACAAACUUCCCAGGUUCCUCCAUCAGGACCCUCAUCACCAACUGCUCCAAAAGCUGCACCUCCGCUGCCACCAUCAAAAUCUGCUGGACCUCGACCACCAGCGAUGCCUGGUUCCAAAACGCGUCCACCACCACCUAUGAAGAAGUCAGGCAAUAAGGCAGACACUGAUGCAGGUUCUAGUGAAGCUAAAACAAAGCUUAAGCCCUUCUUUUGGGAUAAAGUAACAGCAAACGCUAACCAAUCAAUGGUGUGGGAUCACCUUAAAGCCGGAUCAUUCCAGUUUAGUGAGAAUGCUAUUGAAACCCUUUUUGGUUUGAGCUCUGACAAGAAGGGCAGUGAUGUCAAAAAGGAUACAUCAAAGGAGGCCUCCCAACUUGUGAGGAUACUUGAGCCUAAAAAGGCACAGAACCUGGCCAUAUCAUUGAAGGCGUUAAGUGUCUCCUCUGCGGAAGUAUGUAGUGCAGUUAAGGAAGGAAACGAACUUCCGUCGGACUUGAUACAGACCUUAAUCAGAUGGGUCCCGAGUAAUGAUGAGGAGCUCAAGCUUCGACUAUAUACUGGGGAGUUCUCACAGCUUGGUCCUGCAGAACAAUUCUUAAAAGCAAUCAUUGACAUUCCUUAUGUCUACCAGCGUCUAGAGGCAUUACUUUUCAUGGACAAUUUACCAGAGGAAGCUUCAAAUGUAAAGCAAUCUUUUGCCACUUUAGAGGUUGCUUGUGAGGAGCUUAGGAACAGCCGUCUUUUCUUCAAGUUACUAGAAGCUGUCCUUAAAACAGGGAAUCGUAUGAAUGUUGGCACAUUCCGUGGAGGAGCUCAGGCAUUCAAACUAGACACUCUUCUUAAGCUGUCUGAUGUCAAAGGAACUGAUGGGAAAACAACACUGUUGCAUUUUGUUGUUCAAGAGAUUAUCCGUUCUGAAGGUGUUCGUGCUGCACGGGCUGCAAAAGAGCAGACCAGCACCGUAUCCAGUAGGAACACCAAUGAUCCUGCCGAUGACAAUAACGAAAAAACUGAAGAAGAAUAUAAACAGCUUGGUCUGCAAGUUGUGUCCAGAUUGGGAGAUGAACUUCAAAAUGUUCGCAAGGCCUCAAUCCUUGAUGCAGAUCAAUUGACUAUGUCAGUGGCAAGUCUUAGCCACAAGCUUGGCAAAACCAAUGAAUUCUUGAGCACAAGCAUGAAAAGUUUAGACGAAAACAGUGGGUUUCACCGCAAGCUUGUGCAUUUCAUAGAGCAGGCUCAAUCUGAAGUCAAUUUCUUGCUAGAGCAAGAGAAGAAAAUACAAACCUUGGUAAAAACUACUGUUGAUUAUUUCCAUGGGAGCACAGGAAAGGAUGAGGGUCUCCGGUUAUUUAUUGUAGUGCGAGAUUUUCUCGCGAUGCUAGACAAGGUGUGCAAAGAGGUGAAAGAAGCAUCAAAAGUAGCUCCCAAGAAAACAAAGACCGGAGGUAAUCUGCCUUCCCAACCACCUAAGUCCUUUCAAGAUCCCCGGCGUAAUCUUUUCCAAGCUAUUCAAGACCGGAGGGCAGAUAGCUCAAGCUCUAGUUCUGAUGACGAAAGUUAACUCCAUAUGAAGCACCAUAACCAAAUUGCUGAAAUAGGAUGGUCAUCUUCGGCCUGACCAAGUAUUCUUCACAAGAGUAGUUGUAGUACUUCCACUCCUAUCAAGCAAAUUGAGAUGCCACAGACGAGGUGCCAACUUGAAAGUCUGGAAUUGGCCAUCGAAGGAAGGGGAAAAGAAAACUGACAUCUUUAGUUAGAGCAGGUAUAACAGGGAGGAAGUAGUCUGGCUGACUGUUAGUCUGUUACACUUACGCUACCUGCUGGUUCUUGAUUGUAAAUUUGUACUAACACAGCAAGAUACUAGUAGAAAGGAAGAAGACAUGCUCCACACAAGCUCAUAAACCUCGGAUUCUUUUGUUUGCACUUCACAAUACUUUUGCAAAGAGAAUAAGAUGUUAAAAGUGUCAGGCUUUUAGCUGAAACAUCCUGUGUAAAUUCUGGCAGAUUUUGAGUGCUAUAUGCGAAGUGGUGACAAUUUAAGAGCAGGUUCGUACUGCUGUCGUC